AUGGCGGAUCUUACGAUUGAUUUGAAGAUCUUUCAAACACAAUCUGAACAAGGUCCGUCUACAAGCAGCCGUUGGACAAUUAUCGAAAUCGAAGCUCUCAAAGAAGCCGUCGCUCGUUUCGGAAAUGAUCUCAAUAAAAUCGCAAACAUGAUUGAGACCAAAACUGUCACUCAAAUAAAACAUAAAUUGAAGACUCAGGCUCUUGAAGGACCCACUUCUGACCGUGUCGAAGGCGAAGAAAAUGAUAUUAAAGAUAUUGAUGAGUUUGGAGAAAGUGAAGUGCGCAUCACCGAACUUCCUCCCGUUUCAACCGUGUCUGUUGAUCGCGGUAGAAGAAAACAAACGUUCUCAGAGCGAAAUGACUUAGAGUCUUCUGAAGCGAAGAAAAGCCGAUUAGACACAACUUCAUCUGUACCAGUCGUUAGACAAAAUACCCCUAUUGCCGUUCGCCCUUCAGCUCCGAUUGUUCAACGAUUACCAGUUGGUGUUGCUCCUACUUCCUCUGCUUCUGUGAAACCUCGCGUUGCCACUCCUUCCGCUUCUGCUAUUCUUUCUCAUGCUCAUAUGCGCAAACAAGCUAUACCACCGGCUGAUCCAAAAUAUGAAGAUUAUUCUGAUUUUGAUGGGGACGAUCCCUACGAAGACGUACAUAAUGGGGACGAUGAUGAUGACGAUGAGAUCUCUGACGAACCAUACUACUCAGAAGAGGAAGGGGAAGAAGAGUCGCCUGAUGGUGGUGAAGGGAAUUAA